AUGUUUGGAGGGAUGCAAGAAGGGGUUUUUGGUUGGAUGCAGGCCAUUCAUUGGUUUGAAUGCCUGCUACUUGAAAAACAAGUGAGGGGGCAGUUGAUUAUUGCAGUGUGCAAAGAUCCUAAUGAAGAGUAUUUCCCACUUGCAUAUGCAGUGGUAGAGGUUGAAACCAAGGACUCUUGGACUUGGUUCAUCAACCUGUUACUUGCAGACAUAGGUCAGAAUAAGAGAUGGGUGUUUAUGUUAGACCAGCAGAAGGUUGAGUGUAUCAGGCUAUAUCUGAUGACUAGGUUCUAUGAGAACAAAGAGAAAUGUGUGAGGCUAGAGUCAGAUAUUUGUGCCAAGGUGAUGAAGAGUUGUAGGAAGUGGGAUAUAAGUGGCAUACCCUAUGCUCAUGCAAUCAGCUGCAUAGUUUUCAACAAACAAGAUGUUGAACAGUAUGUUCACCCAUGUUACCAUGUCUCUACAUACAAGGCAUGCUAUGAACCAAUCGUAUCACCAAUGAAUGGACAGAAUAUGUGGAGACCCAAUGGUGUGACCCCAGUUCAGCCUCCCAUCAAAAGAAAACCACCUAGUAAACCUAAGAAGAAGAGAGCAAGGGAACCUAAUGAGCUAACAAGUAGGAGAGCUGGCAUCUCUAAGCAAUGCAAGGCUUGUGGUAUGUUAGGGCAUAAUAGAAGAAGUUGCAAGGGUGAGAUUGGAGGGAACUCCUCACAUCUAAUAAGAGUAUACUUGCAUUUUGUGGACAUUAUUGCCUCUUUAGCUGAGGAGUUUAUUGGGUUCUUAUUUUACCAAAUCUUGAUUGCUUAG